AGCUGCUACAACACUCGACAAGUCGCAUUGCGCAGCAACCCACAAUGGCUAAAAUAAAGAAGAGAGGAACCACUGGCCAAGCCAAGAACUUUAUCACGCGAACCCAGGCCGUUCGUAAACUGCAGAUUUCUCUUCCGGAUUUUCGAAGACUAUGCAUUUUCAAAGGGAUUUAUCCCCGUGAGCCCCGCAGCAAAAAGAAGGCAUCCAAAACUUCCACUCCCAAUACGACUUUUUACUACACCAAAGACAUCCAGUACCUCUUACACGAGCCGUUACUACGCAAAUUUCGUGAACAAAAGUCUCUCGCAAAGAAGAUCGCCCGUUCCCUUGGCCGCGGUGAGGUAGGAGACGCUGCGCGACUCGAGAAAAAUCUCGCCCCUAAACUUAGCCUUGACCAUAUAAUCAAGGAGCGUUAUCCAACCUUUGUCGACGCAUUGAGGGAUCUCGAUGACUGUCUUUCGCUGCUCUUCCUCUUUGCAAGCCUUCCGUCUACUACCUCCGUACCUCCGAAGACAAUUGCCCAGUGUCAGAGAUUAUGCCAUGAGUUCCAGCACUACUUGAUCACCACGAAUUCGCUUCGAAAGUCAUUCCUUUCUAUCAAGGGUAUUUAUUAUCAAGCGACUAUUCAAGGACAAGACAUUUUGUGGCUUGUUCCAUAUCGUUUUGUCCAAAAGGUGAAUGGCGAUGUUGAUUACCGUAUCAUGGCCACCUUCGUUGAUUUCUAUACCACCCUUCUCGGCUUCGUUAAUUUCAGGCUAUAUACAUCCAUCGGUUUGGUCUAUCCCCCCAAAUUUGAUGCUAUAAGUGAUGAAAAGGGAGCUGAAUUGACUGCCUUCCGCCUUGAAGGCAAAAAUGUCGAACAGCUCAAAGCCAUCGAGCAACCGAAAGCAGCCACAAAUGCUUCAAACAAUGAAGUCUCGCGUGAAGUCCAAGAAAAGGUUGACAAUGUUGUUAAAAUGGCUGGUCUAGACAAAGAUUCUGGAGAACAGGCUGCUGAGGACCAAGCGACGAAUGAAUACGCCAUUGACAAAUUCGAACCCGCUGCACCUGAAGCCGAUACUCUUCCUCAGCCCGAAGCUAGCGGAGAUGAGGCCGGCAGUCUAUUCUCUUCUUUCACUUUCUUCAUUUCACGAGAGGCUCCCAAAGCACCAUUGGAAUUUAUUCUUCGCGCAUUUGGCUGCAAGAGGAUUGCUUGGGAUGAAAUUUCUGGAGAAGGCGCUUUCACGCAUGACGAGAAAGACACUCGCAUUACCCAUCAAAUUGUUGACCGUCCACAGCUUCCAGAAUCAGCACUUCCAUCCGUUCCUGAAGAUUCAAAGAACGGUGCAGUGAAAGUACGUAAUGGCGGUCGUAUUCCGGGAAGAACAUAUAUUCAACCACAAUGGGUUUGGGACUGCAUCAAUGACAGUAAACUGUUGCGACCCGACCUCUAUGCACCUGGGGCAACCCUUCCACCACACUUGAGUCCAUGGGUGAAGACAACCAGAGGCGCAUAUGAUCCUCGUAUAACUUUGGCCGCCCAAGAAGAAGAAGGCGAAGCUGAGCGUGCUGCCGAGGAAGAGGACGAAGAAAGUGAAGACGAAGAAAAUGUUGCGGAGGCAAAGGCUACAGAAGUUGACGAUGAAGAGGAAGAGGAGGACGAGGAGGAAGACCAUGGAAUGGACGUCGAUGGUUCCGAGGAUAGUGAAAGCGAGGAAGAGGAAGAGGAAGAUUUUGGUGGUUUUGACGAUGCUGCAGAUGCUGUCUCGGAAUCUGAAGACGAAGAAGAGGCCCUACGCUCUCAGCAUCAGAAAGAACUCGAAGCCGAAGCUGCUGGUCUACCAUUCUCUGGAUCAACGAACGGAACAUCAUCCGCCAAAAAGUCCUCGAAAACGAAGAAAUACGAAGCCGAGAAACGGAAAGAGGAAGAGGAACUCGAGAGACAGAAGAUGAUGUUGAGCCGGAAGAAGCGCAAGCUUCUGGAUAAGAUGCUUUAUUCCAACAAGAAGAAGGAAGAAGAGGCGCAGAAACUGCGGAGCAAGCGCAGGAAAAUCGAGAAUGCCACCAAAUCACAAGCUUAAAAGUUUAUCUACAUUUCAUUUUGACGAGUCUGCGGUGUUAGGAAGGCUACACUUUUGGGAAUAGCUCAGCUAGUAUAUCAAAUUUCAUUUUUCAU